AAAAAGUGCUGCUGUUGGUUUGGUUGAAUUGUUCUGCAGUUUGAUUUCUUGAAAUAUAAAAAUAUUUUGUGAAAAAAAUCAUUGAAAAAAUAUUUGUUUAUUAUUUUAAAGUUGUAUUGUUAAGUAAACAUUAAAUAAUUUUUAAAAUUAAACAUUUCAACAUUAAUUUAUUAUUCUUAAUAUUAAAAAAAUUAACUUUGUAACUUUUUUUGUGUGGCUUGACCAUGGACUAAAAAUAUGUAUUUGUUUGAACACUUUUUUUAAUAUGUGAAAUUUCAAAAAACGAAUUUUUGGUUCAGUAUUGCACUUUUUUUUUGGAUAUUUGAAGAAUUGUAUUACUGAAGGAAUCUUUUAUUUUAUUUAAUAUAUUAAACAAUUAAAUAGAAUUUUUUUUCAGAUAAAAUAAAGAGAAACUAUAUUAGAAAUGUAAACCAAAAUUUGUAAAAAUAAAUACAUAGUAGAGUACACAUUUAAAUAUAAGAUAAUAUAUUAAGUAAUUUCUGAAAGAAUAAAAAAAGAAGGAUGGCUAAAGAUAAGUCGGAAAAUGAAUUGUCUGAUAAAUCAAAAGAAACUGAAAAUAAAUCAAAAAAUGAAAAAGAAACUGAAAAACGUUCAAGUGAGACAAAAGAUAAAAAUAUAGAGGAACCUGAGAGCAGUGUAAAUAUGAAUAUUAAAAAAAAAGAUGGACAUGAGAGUAAGAAAGGUGAAAAUAGAGAAAAAGAAACCAGUCCUUCAUGUCCAGAGCUUCUUGAUGAAGUUAAUGCUCAAAAUGAAUUAGAACGUAAAGAAAAUGAAUGUAAUGAUAUAAGUAAAAAAGACGAUGGAAAGGAAAGCGUUGCUGAAAAUAAUAUUGAUAAGGCAUUAGAUGUAAGUGCUAGUAUAGAAAACAUUGAAAAAACAAAUUUAGAAAAUAUUGUAAUUAAAGAAGAAUCAAAAAAUUUUUUGCGGCUUGUACCCAUUGAAAAAUUAAUUGCCCCUCACACCAAAUAUGUAUCAAUUUCGGAAAUUAAAACAAAUUUUCCCGUAAAGGAAUCUUUUAAAGAUAUUAUUAUAAUAGAUAGUGACGAAAGCGAUUCUAAUCCAAUUCGAAUUUCAAAGAAAUCGUCGAUCUCUUUAAAGACUAAUGUUUCUACUUCGAAUAAAGAUAGACAUUUGAGAAAUGAAAAAAAUUUGUCCAAGAAAAAUGAGAGAAACAAAAAUAAAUCGUUAACAUGUAUUUCAGAUGAUAGUUCUGAAGAUAAUGAAAAAAGCGAUGAUGAUAAUGUUAAUAAGCCAAGGUCUUCUAGGAGAAUAGACGAUAAUAGAAAAACUCAACAAAAAAGUAAUAGAUCAACAAGAGUCACAUCAAGAAGAACUAAAACUGAUACAAUGCAAAAAAUUAAACAAGCUCUUGCAAUUGAAUCAAAUGAAAGUGAGUUUUCGAAUUCGGAUGAUGAUACAAACGAAAAUACAUUAACUGAUAGUACAAAAACAAGUAGUAAUAAAGCAAAAACUUCUGAGACACAUAAAAAUAAGAAAAGAAAAGUUCAAGUCUUAGAUGAUAAUAGUAACGAAAGCGAUGAACCAUUAGCAAGAAUAAUUGAAAACGAAGUGUCAUGCAACAAAAGUAAAACAAGUAAUAGUAAGAAUAGUGAUUUGAACUCAAAUGACAAGAAUAGUACAAAUGACAAUUCAAAAUUAAAACGGAUUGUUGUACGUUUAAAACGUUCUGAUUGUUUGACAAUCGAUAAAAAUGAAUCUCCAAAUAAUAACGAAAUUAGUACAAGUACAAGUAAUUCGAGAAAUUUUCGAAUACGAUUAAAACGAUUAUCAAAAUAUCAAAUAUUAAAGCAUAGUGGACUGAAACGUUCAAAAACCGGUAAACCUAGUUCUGCUGUUGAUCCAAUUCAAGAUAAUGAUAAUAAUAGAUCCGAUUCUAUUUGUUUAAUUGAAAACAAUAGCAAUGAUAAUUGUAAUAUAUCUCAAAAUAAUACUGAAAACAAUAUUAGUGAUAGUUUAUCUCUUGAAAAAGAAGACGAUUUUUUACGUAAUAGUAAUAUAAAUAAAGUCAUAGAGAAAAAUAAAGAUACAAAUUUAAAUGAAACAGAUGAAUUAGGUGAUGAAAAUGAACAAAAUAAAACAAAAACAAAAACGAAAUCCAAAGAAAAUAAUUUAUCAUGUCAAAAUAAUGAAGUAACAAAAGAAAUUUCUAAAAAUGAAAAAUUAUUAAACAAAGAAUCAAGAAUUUCAAAAGAAAUAUUAAAAGAAAAUAAUAGUAAAAAUAAUAGAGAUAAAGAUAAAGAAAAAUUCGAUGAAAGCAAAAAUAAUAGAUCAAAAAAUUCUAGACAUAAUAGUACAGAGAAUAAUGUUGAUGAUAGACUUUUACCUACUAAAAUUAGAAUAAAUUUGAACCAGAUUAAUAAUAUGUCAAAUAAUAAUGAUAAAUCAUCGUCCGAAGAGGAAGAGAAAGAUGAUAGCGAAAAGCAAAUGGAAAAAGAGAAUGAGGAAGAAGGAAAAGAACAGGAGGAUUCUAAUGUUAUUAACGGUUCAAUAAAAGAUAUUAAGCCACAAAUAACGGUGGAUGAAGUGGCAAGAAUUGAAACUUGUCAGAGUUCUUCAGAAAUAAAUGUGGAAAAUUCGGAAAAAAAUAAAAAAUCUAAACAUAAAGAAAAAAAUAAUAAAACCGAUAAAAAUGGGAAAGUAAAUAAAAUAAAAAGAAAAAAAUUUGUUGUAGAAUCAUCUACUGAGGAUGAAAAAAUAGAUGAAGAUGCCAAUCAAAAUAAAAAAAACGGUGGAAGUCGUAGAAGGUCUCAACAAAAUGAUGAAAAUUCUGUUAAUACUGAACGCAGUGAUGUUGCAAGAAAUUGUGAUGAGGAAAAUGUAGGAAGACAGGAAAAAAAUAAAGAAACUGAUACUGAAGAAGCUAUUGAUGCCAAUAAAAAUAUUUCAAUAAAGCCUGAAACUUGUGGUGGUGGAAGUAGUUCUGAAGAAACAAACAAAUCUAAAACCGUUUCAAAAGAAUCUCAACAACCUAAAAUGUCAACUAGUAGUAGUAGCAGUAGCGAAAGCCAGAAUGAUUCAGAAAUCGAACAAAACGAGCAAAAUCAACCCACCGGUAGCACAAGUUCUAGCAGUAGUAGUAGUAGUAGCAGCAGCAGCAGUAGCAGUAGUAGUGAAGCUGAGGAAGAACAAGUAGUUCGAAAAAGAGGACGACGAACGGGUGGUAAAAAAAAAAAAAGUUCUGCUAGUGAACAGGAUCUUUCAGAGAAGUUUGUUGAAAGUGAAGAUUCCCAAAAGAAAAAAAAGAAGAAGGGUACUAAAAGAAAACGUAUCAAAGCUGCAAGUGAUUCAAGUGACGAUGACGACGAUGAUGAAGCUAAAAAAUUUAAGCGAAAAAAUAUUCGCAAAAUUAUAAAAACACAAAGUUUAAACUUUGAUACAAAGCGAGCUGCUGAAGAGGAAAAAGAACGUCGCAGAAGGAUUGAAGAAAGACAAAAGCUUUAUAAUAGUAUAUAUGAAAAACCAGAAACAACUGAAAUCACAGAACUGGUAUUGGAUUUUGAUAAAGAAACUAAAAAAGCUCUAUUAAAAGUAGAUCCAGGAUUAUUAAAACAACUAAAACCACAUCAGGCUAGUGGUGUUAAAUUUAUGUGGGAUGCUUGUUAUGAGACAUUAGAAACUGCUAAAAAAGAAUCUGGUUCGGGAUGUAUAUUAGCACAUUGCAUGGGUUUAGGGAAAACCCUGCAAAUUAUCACACUAACGCAUACAUUAAUAUCAAAUGCAAAUAAAACUGGUAUUGAACGUGUUCUCAUUAUAACGCCAUUAAGCACACUAACAAAUUGGGCACGUGAAUUUGAAAUUUGGUUAAAAUUUUGCAAAAAUCGUGAUAUUGAAGUAUAUGAUAUGUCAAAAUUCAAAGAUAAAAAUACACGAACAUUUAAAUUAAAUGAAUGGUUUGAAGAAGGUGGUGUUUGUAUAAUUGGAUAUGAUAUGUAUCGCAUACUUUCAAAUGAAAAAGCAAAAGGUUUACGUAAAAAACAAAAGGAAAUAUUACAGAAAGUUUUAGUUGAUCCUGGACCUGACAUGGUUGUUUGUGAUGAAGGCCAUCUAUUAAAAAAUGAAAAAACAAGCUUAAGCCAGGCUGUUACUAAAAUGCACACAAAACGUCGUAUUGUGCUAACUGGUACACCAUUACAAAAUAAUUUAAAAGAAUAUUAUUGUAUGAUACAAUUUAUAAAACCAAAUUUGUUGGGAACAUAUAAAGAAUAUUUGAAUCGAUUUGUGAAUCCUAUUACAAAUGGUCAGUAUACGGAUUCCACAGAACGUGAUAUAAGAUUGAUGAAACAUCGCUCACAUAUUUUACAUAAGUUAUUAGAGGGAUGUAUUCAACGACGUGAUUACGCAGUAUUAGCUCCAUAUUUGCCGCCAAAACAUGAAUAUGUUGUUUAUAUAACGUUGUCUGAAAUGCAAAAAACUCUUUAUGAGUAUUAUAUGACAAAACAAAAAUCUCUUGAUGUAGAGUCAACUGGUAAAGGCAAACGGCUAUUUCAAGAUUUUCAAAAUUUAAGACGAAUAUGGACUCAUCCAAUGUGUUUGAGGGUGAACAGUGAUAUUGUAAUAAAAAAGAAAAUGUUAAAAUUUGUAAGUGAUGACGAAGGAUCUUUGAAAGAUUUUAUUGAUGAUAAUACCGAUUCCGAAUCUUCGUCUGGGACUAGUGAUGAAUCUUUCCAUUCGGAUAAAAGCAUUGAGCCUGCUAAAGUUAAAAGAUUUAAAACUAGAUCAUCAAAAAAGAAUGGUAGAGUGUCAGAUAGUGAUAUUGAAGAAGUUCCUCCUCCGGAACCUAAAGAAGAUCCUUCAGAGUGGUGGUGUCAAAUGGUUCCAAAAGAAGAAUUGAAUAAUAUAAAUCACUCUCCAAAAUUAAUUUUGUUGAUGAGUGUUUUAUCUCGUUGUGAAGAAAUCGGAGAUAAAGUGCUAUUGUUUUCACAGUCGCUACAAUCGCUUGAUGUCAUUGAAGAUUUUCUAUCGAAAAUUGAUAGGAAAACACAAGGUGAAGAAGUUGAAGGUGAUACUGGAGAUUUUAAAGGAUCGUGGAAGUCGGGAUUAGAUUACUUUCGAUUAGAUGGAAGUUGUUCUGUUGAAAGUCGUGAAUUGAUGUGCAAGAGAUUCAAUGAUGUUGCUAAUUUGAGAGCUAGAUUAUUUUUAAUAUCAACAAGAGCUGGUAGUUUGGGUAUUAAUUUAGUUGCUGCUAAUCGUGUUAUUAUAUUUGAUGUUUCGUGGAAUCCUUCUCACGAUACACAAAGUAUAUUUAGAGUUUACCGUUUUGGGCAAGAUAAACCUUGUUAUAUUUAUCGGUUUAUUGCCAUGGGGACUAUGGAGCAAAAGGUGUAUGAACGGCAAGUAAUAAAACAGGCUACUGCUAAACGUGUUAUUGAUGAACAGCAAAUAGAAAGACACUACAAUCAAAAUGAUUUACUUGAAUUAUAUACCUAUGAAUUGGAACAAAAAAAUCCUAGAGAGACCCCAAUAUUUCCAAAAGAUCGUCUGUUUGCAGAAAUUUUAACAACUUACGAUAAAUUAGUAUAUAAAUAUCAUGAACAUGAUUCAUUACUUGAAAAUCAAAUAAAUGAUAAUUUAUCUGAAGAAGAACGUAAAGCUGCAUGGGAUGAAUAUGAAAUUGAAAAAACUAAUCCACCAAUGCCAACAUAUACAAAUAAUCCAAUAUAUUAUAAUCGUCAGAAUUAUACUUUUGGAACUCAACCAAUUCAGGGUCCGGUAACAUCUAACAAAAUAUUUGGGUUUAGAACUGAUAUACUUUUAAGACUACUAAAUAUGAAAGUUAAUCGUGAUUUUCCAAAUUUAAAUCCGGCUGAAAUUGUUGAAAAAGUACCAUCAUAUUUACAACAAUUAUAUACCGAAAUGAAUGCAGGAAAUCCAGCAAUGUACAGGGAACUCUUAGACUUACAUCAAGAACUUGAAAUGCCUCAAGGAUAUUAUAUGAAUCCUUUAUUAUAUGCUAAUCAAACCCCAAUUGCUAAUCAACAAAUUCAAACGAUACAAGUGAACAAUGUUAAUAAUAUUGGUACCGGUAGAACAUUGGUUCGCAAUCCAUAUGCAAAUAGGCCUCCUCCAACUAUUAAUCCAGAAGUAGUUGAAAUAGACUAAAAGAAGAUUUACAACUUUUACUUUACUAAUUAUAAUCUGUGAUUUUUGGUUCAGUUUUUGAAAAAAAAAAAAAAUAUUAAAAAAAAAUUAAAAAAAUCAUCCUAAAGUAAACUAAAUGAACUUAAUUUUAUGAUUUUUAUUAAGGAAACAAUUUCUAUUAGUAUAUUUAUGUUAUAUUUCAUAAUAUAAUUUGAAUAAAAAAAAAAAACUAUUGUAUUUAAUUUAUUUCUAUGUUUUUACAAUAUUUUCAUCAUUUUUAUAAUUAAAUUUUUAAGUUACAUAUCUUUAUUUUUUGUUUUAUAAAAACUUUAAUUUUUAGUAAUACAUAUUAGGAAUAUUAAUGAAGUAAAAUUUUAAUAUUAAAUAAAUAAAUAAAUUUACAAAAAUAUAUAUCUGAAUAUUUCUUAAAAAAAAAGAGAAAUUACAAAAAAAAAAUAUUUAGAAU